GAUUAUUAAGAAAAAUUAUAAUAAUCUUCACUGUUUCAACACAUUUUGUAUUACUUAAAAGGUUUAUUACAACUCUGGUGAUAUUGCAUGAGAGGAGUCUAGGAUGCUCUCUAUGUCUCUCUAAAGUGGUAUAUAACAUAAAUUACUCCUCUGGUACAAGUCUUAGGAAAUUUUCCUUCUUAAUUUUGAGAAAAUUAGGAAACCCAUACCUUAUAUAAGCUGCUUUCAUCUUAUUUGGCAAUCCCAGAAUUCUUAUUAUUUCAAUUUCGCCAGUUAUUAGCUUUAAAAAAUUUAAAAUAGUGAGAAGAGAAGCGAUCUUUUCAAUUUUAAAUCGAUUUUGACUUAUUUUUGAAUGAUAUUAAGAGUUUAGUAAACUUUGAAAAAUUGUAUGUCAAAGUAAGGAGCUCAUUUAAUAAUCUUUCAUGACUUCUUGUACUCUUGGAGCCUAUUUAUCGACAUUAAAAUAGUUCUGGAGCUUGAGAAUCCGAGUUUGCUCUCUCAUACACUUUUAUUAGCUGUGUGAAUAAUCAUAUCAUACCACCUCAUCAAAGGUCACCAGCCUUCUUUUCUCAUAUCGAGCAAAAAUAGUUGACCACACAGAAGUGUGCAACUAAAUGUCGAUGGAAACUUAGUGGUAAGGUAAGGCAUAUGAAGGUGUCUUUCAGGUUACUUUUUGAAGGAGACUUAUUUAAGAGUCCUUUAUUAAUAAAUUUAAGUGAAGAAUAUUUCCUCUUUGUCCAAAACAAUGAGCUACAUCUUAACUUGGCUUUUUUCAGGACAUAUAGACUUCUUUAAGCUGAAUAGAUGCUCAAUGAGAGCCGGAAAGCUUUGGUAAAUUCAAAAUGAGUAUCCAGAGCAUAAAUCAUAACAAUUUUCCCAACAUUCACCAGCCAGAUAUUUCAUGAUGCCUAAAUUUGAAGAAAGGCAUUUUAGAAAAUUUUAUUAAAAAAUUAAUUUCCAAGAAAAAUAUGAGUGGAAAUAUCGUAACUCCAUCAUAACAUCACUAUGGAAAGCAACAGGGGUUUGAGAAAUUGAUAUUUAUGAAAUAAACCAGAUAUGUUUGCAUGUCAGCAUCAGCUGCUUGCCUCUUUUCCUCCCCAAGAAGAAUGUUAAAGAAUUAGGCUAGUCUCUGGCCCAUUUACAAUGCCAGUCGAUUUAUUAAUAAUUCACUAGGUUUUAUUCACACUUGGGCUUUCAUAACUUUCGAUGAAAUAGAUGCCUCAAGUUAUUUAUGAGUUCCGACCAUGACCGAAGACUAGCAAAGUUAUGCUCUAUUCUACAUUUUGUGGCGCGGAAUCAGCAUAAUCGAAGAUGAUCGGAAUUAUCUUGCAAACCUUCCUUUUUCACUGUACAUCCUUCAUUAACAUAUAACUUUCAUUUUCUGAGAUAAGGGUCUUUCAAAGUUAUCUGAAAUUAGAGAAAAUUUAAAGAACCAUGAUAAUUUCCUCAUGAAGUUUCAGCAGAAAUUUCGAAGAUAAUUCACCUAUUUCAAGAUUUUUUAAAUAUUUCAUAAUCCUGUAUACUUGUUUCUACGCUUUUCUUGGUGAUUUCAGAGGACUUCUAUAGCUCUAGCACCCUUCUCCCUGGCUUAUUUAGCACUCUAGUUGUAGGGAUGAAAGCAUGGGUGGUUAAAUAAUAUGUGUAGGAAAGUACUUGGGUUCUUUUGUCGUAAGUCAACUUUGUAUAUCUAAAAUAUUCACCUUUCUUAGCAUAACUAGCAUUGCAAAGACGAGAGUUCAUCUUUAACUUUAGCUACCAUUUUUAGGUCUAAAAUUAUCGGGAUGAGAGCAUUUUUGAACAUUGCAGAACAACACUAAGAGAUCUUGGCAGUCGGAAUGUUCUAAUAAAAUAUCAAAUUUAUUCGGAAAAUUAGUUGAGUUUAGUAACAAACUGAGAACUGAAGGGGUAAUCUGGCUCUUAAGGUUGUAAUCUCCAGCUAAUUAUCUCUGGAAUGAUAAAGAGACUUAUUGGUGUUCCCGCUGUCAGGGUAUAAAUCUCUGAAAGUUAGGCCAUCAUGCAUCGAAGAUAAUUUAUUUGAAAUUUUUUAUCAUCUUCCAAGCUUCAAACCCGGUUUUUGGUAGGUAAAAUUGCAUGGAAUUGGGCAGAAAAAGAAAGCUUAAGAGCGUAAAGACUGUAGGCAAAUUCUGUAGAAUUAUUGGGAAAAUACUGAAAGUUAGCCAUAUUCCCAUCAGACUACUUACCCCCUUAAUAAGUCCAACCAAGUGAUUUCUUGUGCUCAGAGAGUGUAGGAAGGCAGAUUCUAUUUAGGAAAGAUUAUAACUCAGCUAUUUAUUGGAAGGUUCUACUUUAUUAUCAAAAUUUUGGCUGUAGACUAUUUUCUACUAUUGCACUACUAUUCGUGGCAAAAUUAGUUGACCAGAUGAUAACUUUGCCCAGGUUUAUCAAAAAAUCUCCACAGAGCUUCUUAGUCGCUCAGAUGAUUAGGAUUUACAAAUCAAGGUGAUUUCUACUUUCUAAAGUCUUGUCACCGAAGUUUAGACAUCAUGAUACAUAAAUC